AUGGCAUUUUGGCUAGGGAACGACUGUGGCAUAUUAGGUUGUUUGGAUUCUGAAGAUACCAUGUAUGCAUCACUGCUGUGUUGCUUGCUAAUUUAUCAGUUAUUUGGAUGCCUUUUUCUUGCAGGAAUAAGCGACGAGUUCACUGCAUGGUUAGCAGAAGUGAAGAAGGUGAAUCUGGAAAGUCUUCCAAAUUGGGAGGAGAAGCAAAUGUUUAAAGAAUUCAUGGAAGAUCACAAUACUGCUACAUUCCCUUCUAAAAAGUAUUACAAUCUCGAUGCUUAUCACAGACGCCAGAUGGAAAAGGAAAUAAAGAGAGGUUUAAAGAGAGGUUCCAAGAAAGUCCGGGUGACAGAACGUACUGUAUUUAAUGAUGAAGAACAGCGCAGGUUAGAAAUGCUGCAAGAACGUGAAAGACAGAAGGAAGAACAGGUUGAAGCGUUGAAGCGCUCGAUGCAAAGUGGAAUGGCACAAGCGAUGAAAGAGCAGGCUCAACUCAAGGAAGAGAUGGCAUACCAAUACAAGAUUGGCAACUUUGAGGCUGCAGCUGCGAUCCAAAGAAGGCUUGACCCAGAUGUUGCAAUGUAAUUAGGCCUUUGAAAGUUUGUCAAUUGACUUAAAUUUGCCAGUUGCGAAGUUUACGUGACGGAAUUUGGGAUGCUGAGAGCUUCAGAAG